GUAUUCGAAAUGGCAAACCCACACACCUAACAACAGUAUACAGAAAAGAGCAGCCUUUCGGAGAUCUCAAGAGUCUACCCCCUCGACAUCUCCGAAGUUUCUUUCCCCGUUUCUAAUAGUAUUUCAGUAUCAUAUAUAAAUUUUAAUUGCUGUUGCUGGUCAAUCAUAGAAAAGCGCAUACAAAAAACCAAUCUUGUUUUUGACAUCAAAUUUUUGGGAAUCCAAGUUGAGAUUAUGGCUACUCUCUCUUCAUCGAAGCAUUGUUGUUCUUCAUCAUCAGUUUAUUCCAGCUCUUCCUCUUUUGGGUUUCAUCAGCCUCAGAGAAAUAUUCCAUUUCCAGUGGUAUCUCAGAAAAGAUUGGGGUCAAAGAGUGUUUCUUGGCAAUCCAAGUGCAGCCCUUCAUCCAAUGUGAUUCUCAUGCAAGAUGGUGCUUUGGCGACUAAAAGGGUUGCAACUGAUGAGGCUCCUCCGAGUAAAUUAAAAGAGGGAUUAUUGUCAGUUACCCCUCCAGAGGAACACAAACAGCUGAUGAAUUUCGAUACAAAUGCCGACAAAUCCACUGUCAGUAUUACCGUUGUAGGGGCCUCUGGGGACCUCGCCAAGAAGAAAAUAUUUCCGGCUCUUUUUGCACUUUACUAUGAGGAUUGCCUUCCUGAGCACUUCACUAUCUUUGGGUAUGCCCGUAGCAAGAUGACUGAUGCAGAAUUAAGAAAUAUUGUUAGCAAGACGCUUACUUGCCGAAUUGACAAGAGGGAAAAUUGCAGCGAAAAGAUGGAACAAUUCCUUAAGAGAUGUUUCUACCACUCUGGUCAAUAUGAUUCCCAGCAAAACUUUGUGGAGCUUGAUAAAAAACUUAAGGAGCAUGAGGCUGGAAGGGUUGCAAAUCGACUUUUUUACUUAUCGAUCCCGCCAAACAUAUUUGUAGAUGCUGUAAAAUGUGCCAGCCUCUCUGCUUCUGCUGCUAAUGGUUGGACUAGGGUCAUCGUUGAGAAACCCUUUGGUCGGGAUUCUGAAUCCUCAGCUGCUUUAACUAGAGCUCUCAAGCAAUACUUAGAGGAGGAUCAAAUUUUCAGGAUAGAUCAUUAUCUUGGAAAGGAGCUAGUGGAGAACCUUUCCGUCCUUCGCUUUUCCAACCUUAUUUUUGAGCCCUUGUGGUCAAGGCAGUACAUAAGAAAUGUUCAACUGAUAUUCUCGGAGGACUUUGGUACUGAAGGAAGAGGAGGUUACUUCGAUCAUUACGGAAUAAUCAGAGACAUAAUGCAAAACCAUCUGCUCCAAAUACUAGCCCUCUUUGCCAUGGAAACACCCGUUAGUUUGGAUGCUGAAGAUAUCAGAAAUGAAAAGGUUAAAGUUUUGCGAUCCAUGAAGCCUAUACGUAUUGACGAUGUGGUCAUCGGGCAAUACAAGAGUCACACGAAAGGAGGCGUCUCUUACCCCGGGUAUACAGAUGACAAAACUGUGCCUAAAGACAGUUUAACACCAACUUUUGCUGCCGCAGCACUUUUCAUAGAUAAUGCAAGAUGGGACGGGGUGCCCUUUCUAAUGAAGGCUGGGAAAGCUUUACAUAAUAGGAGGGCUGAAAUACGGGUACAGUUUAGGCACGUUCCUGGCAAUUUAUACAAUCGGAACUUUGGUACUGAUCUCGACCGAGCGACAAAUGAGCUCGUAAUCCGUGUACAACCCGAUGAAGCUAUUUAUCUGAAGAUCAAUAACAAAGUCCCAGGCCUGGGAAUGAGAUUGGACCGGAGUAAUCUUAAUCUACUAUAUAAAGCACGAUACUCCAAGGAGAUACCUGAUGCAUAUGAGAGGCUUCUCCUAGAUGCCGUUGAAGGUGAAAGGAGACUGUUCAUCCGGAGUGAUGAAUUAGACGCUGCUUGGUCGCUCUUCACGCCCGUAUUGAAGGAGCUCGAAGAGAAGAAGAUAACCCCAGAAUAUUAUCCUUAUGGAAGUCGAGGGCCGGUCGGCGCCCAUUACCUUGCAGCCAGAUACAACGUUAAAUGGGGUGAUAUAGGCGUUGAUGAAUGAAAUCUCGUUUUUCUUUCUAUCUCAUACUGAGGAGUUCUUGGCUUCAAUAUUCUAGAUUUAAAGGAGAGUCGAUUUUAUAAAAUUCAGAUUUAGGUCCUGGAUUGGAUGCUGAUUCUUUCUUGAGCAUCAGAAUUAUCUACUACUGUUUUCACUUUGAUGUGAACAAUUUUUAUAACACCAUUUGGACAAUUCCAGGUAGCAGACAUCCUCAGAACGAACAUAGUGUUUGUCAUUUAUUGCUUUUCCAAAGGAAG